AGUCGUGAAUCAUACUUUGUUCAAUCGAGCUGUACUAACUUAAUUGUAUAUCGAUGAGGACGAUACUCAAAACAAUUUGCUUUGUGAUAUUAUUUUUUGAAAUAACCACUGAGCAGACUGUAGACCGAAAAUUUCCAACAUGUGACUUAGAUCUUGACGAUGAAGCCUUGCAAUACCUAGAUAAGGAAUGUCACAAUUUAACCCCAGAAGCGCGACAGUUGAUGCUACAGGAAGCUGCAAGCUUCAAGCAGUUCCAUCAGAAGCUAACAGAAUAUGAAUCUAGGGGCGUUGAAGAGGACAGCAAAGACUGGGAUUUUCGGGAGCAACUUUACGAAAGUGCUGAGCUGUAUUUAUGUCAGAAUGAUAGCGAAACGCAGCAAGCGUUUGUCGAUUGUGUAGUCAAGAAACGUAACGAAAUGAUUGUGCUAAUUGACGAGAAGUUGAAUGAUGAAUGAUGAUCACCAUUAUUCGUUUGAACUUCAAUGAAUUCUUAAAUGUAUUUUUAGAUAAUAAAUUAUAUUAUUCAA